AUGUCUGGCGCCAUGCACGGCAAACCCAAGUCGAAGGACUCCGUCCUAGACCUCUGCACAAGGGCUACCCUCCUUGGAAACAGCAUCUCGGUACGCAUGCUCGAGUUUCUCACCACCGUCAAGCACCAGCCACAUGGUUUCCGGACGCUCGCCAAUGACUUCCUCGACAUCUGCCGGAUCCUCUGGUCCAUCGAGGCGGGUCUCUCGGAGGCGUCCCGCGCCGACCAGGAGUUCCCAGCAGACAUGAUAAUGGAACUCGAGGGCAAGUUCCGCCAGACCAACAACGAUUUCCAAGCCCUCGACCACAUGAUGUUCGAAUUCCUCGAGUACGAGAGGAAGGGCACCGUGGGCAAGUUUCAGCGCGGCUGGCGCAUGAUGUUCGUCGACAAGGAGGUGAACAAGACGAGAGAAUCAAUUCGUAGGGCCAAGGAAGCACUGAGGAUGAGCGCCCUCAUCUUCCAAUGGUCCAUGGGGGAUACAAAGACUGAUGAUGUCCCUGGCGAAGGCUAUGUUGGUCUUGCCGCUGCUCUGGACCGCAUGGGCGACCAGAACCCGACAGCGAGGAUAGCUAGAGCCAAGUCUUUUGAAGCUCAGUCUGCGCCGCCACCCCGUCGUUCAGACCCGCCCACUGUUCCCCUUCCUCCGAUCCCUAAAGCACUCUCGCAGACUUCCCACAACACUUCUCCUUCUUUGAUAGAGAAGAUGUCGGCAGAACUGGCCCUCCAUGAGUUGAGGAUGACCCCAGAGCCACGACGCCCUGGAUCUAUUUCCAACAAAAGUCACCAUAGCUCCUCGGAGAACGGACACCAUUCCAGAAUCCCCGAUCGCAGGCUUGGCCGCGAUGAUACCAUCAUCUCAGAGCACGGCGAAUACGAACGUCACACAAGCUCAAGAAUACAAACUGAGAGGAGGCCAGGGCCCGAUGAUUAUACCAUCUCGGACCGUGGAGUCCUCCGGGAGGACCGCACGAUAUCACACUCGUCUUCAGGCACAGAAACAUUGAUAGGAGAGCUGCAGAGCGCCGCCGACUGCCUCCCGACCAAGGUUGUCCGCUUGAGGGCCGACCCCAUGACGAUGCCACGCUGGACCCCGCGCCACCCCGCUAACAACAACCCGGCUCUCAAGGCGUCUCUCAUUUCUGCCGUUCAGACGAAGAACCACAAGGUCCUGGAGCAACUGCUAGACCGAGGCGUUUCGCCCGAGACCGGACCAAACCAGCACGUCCUCGUUGACUCUGUCUUGUCCCAGGACCACGAAAGCAUCCGCCUGCUUCUUCUGUUUGGCGCCGACCCUAACUCGAUGGACAAGGACGGUAUCACACCCCUCUUCGCCGCGGUGGAGACGAACGCCCCCGAGAUCGCCAAAUUGCUUCUCAAGUACGGUGCGGAUCCCAAUUUGUCUGCCGGGUCCGCGCUAGAGUCCCCCCUCGCCAUCGCCGUCAUCGAUGUCAAGAUCGAUUUCGUCCACCUGCUGCUCACAUACGGCGGCGACCCAAACCACAUCAUGGCGAAUGGCAACACUGUUCUGAUUGCCUCCAUGACCAAGUCGACCCCCAAGAAGUUGGUGGACGUUAUGCUGGAGUACGGGUCCGACCCCAACGUCAAGAACAGUGAGGGCAAGACCGCUCUGUUCGAGGCCAUUAUGGCCGGGCGAGUAGACCUUGUCACUGCUCUUCUGGACCACGGAGCUGACCCUAACCUUCCUGGUCCGAAGCACAUGCUCUGGCCCGCCACCUACCAGGCUCCCUGCUUGAAGGUCCUUCUCGCCCGUGGCGCCGACAACAAAAAGGCGCCUGGCAACAUGGAGCUUGCCGUCAGUAUCAACAACAUCGAGUCCGUUCGCGUGCUGCUCGCUGCCGGCGUGUCCCCUAAUAUCAAGAAGGACGGCAUCUACACGCCCCUCUGCACGGCCAUCCGCGACAACCGCGCAGACAUCCUCGAGCUUCUCUUGCAGAAUGGAGCCGACCCCAACCUCAACUCGGCCGAGUACCCCGCGUUCAAGUGUGUGACGCAUUUCCGCACGCACUUCCUCCCCCGACUCGUUGCGGCUGGCAACGACCUUCACAAGCCGAAGGGCAUCAUCGAGAAGGCCGUCAAGGUCAACAACAUGGAGGCCCUUAUGUGGCUUCUUGACCAGGGCGUGAGUCCCAACGAAAAGGGCGAGGAUGGCAACACUCCCCUGACGACGGCCAUCAGGGAGAACCGCAUAGAGAUGCUCGACGAGCUCGUCGCCCACGGGGCGGACCCCAACGUCCGCGGCACCGACUGGCCCAUUGUCAUGUCCGUCCAACGCCCGGAAGUCCUCAGGAAGCUACUCCCCGCCGUCGCGGAUCCUCGCUCGUUCAAGGGCCUGAUGGAACGUGCUGUCGUCGCGAACAAGCUUGAGAGCGUCAAGCUUCUCAUUCAGGCUGGCGUCUCGGUUGAGGACAAAAACGGCGGCGUCUUCUCGCCGCUGACAUCAGCCAUCCGCGAGGAUAAUAAGGAGAUCACGCGCUUCCUCAUUGAGGAGGGCGGCGCCGACAUCAACGCCCCCGGUGAGCACCUGCCCAUCGUCAAGGCCGUGCGCCGGUGCCGCGGCGAUGACUUUGAGAUCAUCGAGAUGCUCCUCCGCAAUGGCGCCGACGUCAACAAACUGUACCGCGGGUGGAACGCCAUUAUGCAGGCCGUCGAGAACGGCGAUGCCAAGGUGCUCAAGCUCCUGGUAGACGCCGGCGGCGUCGACCUCGACGCGAAGGACGAUGCCGGGCGCUCCAUCAUGGAGAUCGCAGCCGGCCGUGGCUGGGAGGAGGCCGUCGGCAUCAUUCUCAUGGGCAGUAAGAGCUCCUUCUAA